CUUCUGUAUUAUUAUUUUAAAUUAUAAUGUAUAUUAAUUAUUCUGUCAAAAUCAUAGCAAAUUAUAUUGUUCAUUUACCGAUAGAUGAUACAUAGGGAAUUCACUAAUUUAAUGCCCUAAAAUCAUGAAUAAUAAACUCAUUUUUCUAAAUAUUGUCUAUUUAGAUGAUAUUUGUAUUCAUUCCUCUUCGUUCUCUAACUGUGGUCGUUAUUUAGCCUUUUCAUACGCCAACAAUGUCUCAAUAUAUGAAGUAUCGUCAAAUUCAAACCUAAAGACCCUCUCAGACUUAGAUUCUGACGCCUCUUUUAGAUCAAUAAUCUGGAUUCCAUAUAAGAAUCUAGAGUACUACAGCUUAUCAGACUAUAGACUAUUCACAGUAGGUCUUCACGGAAUAAUUAACGAGUGGGAUUUGAAUUUACUAAGGCCAAAGAGAUCCUGCACAUCAUACGGAGGAGCUAUAUUCUCAGGAGUCCUAUCGCACAAUUCAGAUAUUUUAAUAGCGUGUGAUGAUGGCUCUGUUCGUUCAUUCUCAAUUUGGGAUAAUAUCGAAUCUAACGAGAAACACGAAGAACUGAACUUCAGAAAAGUCCAUUUACGCCAUAAUAAAAGAAUUCUGAGUUUAUGUUCAGUUGAAGAUGGAAGGGUUUUCUGCGGAACUUCAGAUUCAAUGAUCUUGAUAUGUGAUCUUGAAAAGGAGAAUUACAGUAAGGUAAUAAAGAUAUCAUCUACAAGGAGUAGAAAAAGAGUAAAAAACGAAAAUGAAAAAUCAGAAAAUCAGGGAGUUUUAGAGGAAAACAAUGUCCAUGUAUGGUGUUUGCUGUAUAUUUCAUCAGAAAACACUCUGGUCAGCGGAGAUUCUAACGGAAAUGUUAUGUUUUGGGACAUAACUACACUUACAAUGUCCUAUUUGUUCACUCAGCAUAACAACGACGUUUUAUCACUUUGCCUAAUCAACGAUGAUACAUUAUUUUCAGCAGGCCUAGAUAGUAAAGUCACACUGUACACUAAUAACAAAUCAACCAACAAUAUACCCUUGAAUGAUGAGUUAAAUGGAAAUAAUAUUAAGGAACUUGAUACAAAUUCAACUAAAGGUACAACAGCUGGUUGGUCAGUAAGUGGAUUUAAAUAUCCAAUUAGAGGAGAUAUUAGAACUCUAUGUGUUAACCAUGUUCAUGGACUUGUUGGUAGCGCUGGAAACUCAGGCUCCAUAUCUCUACUCAGAGCCUUUAAGUUCUUCGAUAAUAAAAAGUCAAUAUACAAACAGAUCUACCCAAGCGUGUCCAAGUUUAUCCCAGUGGUUUCAAUGAAUAGUACUAAGACUCUUGCACUUUGCAGAUACAGGCAUCAUUGUGACCUGUGGUAUGUACCAGUCUCAAAUAUGGCCUCAAGCAGAGAUUCUGAUACCACCUCAGUCUCAGAUAGGUCUUCUGACAUCGACUUGUUUAACGAUAACUUCUACAGUAAUGUACCAUAUAAACUAUGCCAAAUGAAGAUGAACAAGAACAAGGGUAGGAUUAAUAGCUGUUUUUUAUCCCCUCAAGGCGAUGUCGUGGCAAUACUGAACCAAGUGGGCAUACAAAUCUUACUGUUAAACUUGAAGGAGUUGAGUGUUUCACAAGUUAAAUUUGAGUACCAAGACCUUAUUGUGUCCUCAAUGGCUUUUAUCUCAAACUAUGAGCUGAUGAUUAACCACUUUUCUGAGGGUAAAUAUCUGUUUAGUAUUUACAAUGUUAAGGACGGCUCACUGUCAACGGUUAAGUACCUAGAUUUCAACAAACAUGUAAUAAAGAUUUCUGUACAUUAUAAUCAAACAUUUGUGGAUUUUCCAAAUAAUUCUCAGUUCAAAGGAGGCAAAGUUUGGUGUGUAUUCUACUGCUUAGAUGGGAAUGUGUACGUUUCAGAUCACGAGAAUUCUAACUACUUCACGUUGCCAAGGUUUGAUUCAAACUCCAGGAUCUGCAGUGUAUCAUUUAACGUUAAUUGCGAGUUCCUCGUAGCAUUCUCAACAAGCUUUAAAUACUACGUAUAUGACACUGCUGCUCUUGUUAUUGUUAAGUACCAAGGGAAGCUGAUUCACACGAUCCAACGCCAUAUUUACAAUCCCAACGCAGUCAUAUUAAACUCAUUCUGUAUCUCAAACUUGGUUAUAGUGCAAACUACGCAUAACAUUUUCUACUUUAAAUUAAAUGAGGACCCUUUUGCUUUAGAUUCUGAAGUUAGGACUCCCCUAUCGAAUAAACAGUUUGAUCCAACUAAUAAUCAACACAGGGAUAUCAGUAUUAGAGAUAAGCACAAUCGGGAUAAGUAUGGCAAUAAGAAGGGCAAUAUCGUAAUUGGUCCCAGAAGACUGUAUAAUAUUCCAUCAAUUGAGAACACAAUAUACGAGCCGAAGCGCGUUGUCAAGCCUAGUAAAAUUUACAAGCACGGAGUAAAGGUAAAGGGCAAACGUGAAAAUAAGCCUGAGAUUGUAAAAUUCACAGACGACUCAAGUAGCAAGUACACAAUUAUAGUUAAAAAUGAAUUUAUUGUACAUACUGACAUCCUGAUGAAGGACAGUAAGGUUAACAUUAUAUCAUUUAAAGCGACUAUAAAGGACGACUUCGUAAGGAAGAAAAAGUACGGAAACUGAUUUAUCCAGUCAUUCAACGAACUGGACUAUAUUCUCCACAUAGUCCUGUACUAGCUUGUGAACUCUCCUCUCAAGUGCAUUUUUUAAACCUAAAUUCAUCA